AUGUCACUCUUCGGCUCCUCCCCAGAAAAUUCCACACCAAACUCAGCCCAGCGAUCCAAAGCCUCCCUCUUCGCCGACGACCCGCUCUCAAGCAGCGGUCUCGGUACCACCGGCGCAGCCACCAGCUCCCUCUUCGCCGACGAUAACGACACCAGCUCGCCGUGGACAACGAACACCAACAAACGAGCCUCCCGCACCGAACUCGUCAAGACACUUCUCCCCGACACAGAUGUCCCCGAGAGCUACAUCGAUGCCUACGAUCGGGUUUUGAAUGUGGGGGACCGCGUUGGGACUGGGAUUGGGUUGACAUCCGUGCGGGAGGUGCUGGCAGGAAGUGGAUUGAGCGCGUCGGAGCAGGCAAGGAUAUUGAAUUUGGUGGUUUCGGGGGAGUUGGAUAGUGGGAGUUCGAAUAUUGGGGUUGGGAGGGGAGAGUUUAGUGUGCUUCUGGCGCUUGUGGGACUUGCGCAGGAAGGAGAGGAGCUUACGUUUGAUGCGGUGGAUGAUAGGAGGAAGAAUCUGCCAGAACCGAAGAGCACCUAUCUUAAUGGAUUGCGGCCGAACCAGGACUCCGAUGGUACCCGGGAUCAGCCAGAACAAGAACGGCCGACGACACCACCUCAGCCCUCGAAUCCCCUACAAGAGCCGAGUUCGAUCCAAUCCAGGCGCUCGAAUAGAGAGUCGCUGGGCGCGUUCGAAGCGGAUCCAUGGGCUGCCCCCGAGCUGCAUCGUGACCAUGGCCACAGUCGGAUCGACAACGAACAGUCUAUAUUGAAUGGGUUUGGAAACAAUCAGUCUACUCCGAAUUCCUGGUCUGAUGCUCGGGCAUUCGAAGAGGCUUACCGACAAACGAUUUCAAACGGAGACCGGCUUAAUGGUUCAAGUCCUGCGCCUGCACCUAGUAGUUCAGAGUCUGGAUGGGGAGGCAGCUUGCCCCGUGAUACAGGGUUUGGAGGAUUAGGGCCGCCUGCGACGAGUAAUCCCGGCGAGAUCAGCAAUCGUCGACGGUCACUAGGAGCCGGGAGAAUAACGACAUCGCCGGUGGAGGAGACGAUAACCGUAACGCUGCUUCCGGAGAAAGAGGGCUUGUUCAUGUUCCAACAUCGCAACUACGAAGUCAAGUCUGCACGGAGGGGGAGUACGGUUGUCCGACGAUACAGCGACUUUGUGUGGUUAUUAGAUUGUUUGCAGAAACGGUAUCCAUUCCGGCAGCUUCCUUUGCUGCCACCAAAACGAAUCUCAGUCAAUGGCACUCACCUUGCAGCGGAUUCAAACUCGUUUCUCGAAAAGCGUCGGCGCGGACUCAUACGGUUUACCAACGCGUUGGUACGGCAUCCGGUGCUUAGCCAAGAGCAGCUGGUGGUGAUGUUCUUGACGGUUCCGACGGAAUUGUCCGUGUGGCGGAAACAAGCGACAGUCUCUGUGCAGGAUGAGUUCACGGGGAGAGUCCUUCCCCCGGAUUUGGAAGACUCAUUACCACCAACCCUGACGGAAACCUUGGACACCGCACGCAAUGGUAUCAAGCGUUCCGCGGAGAUCUACAUCAACCUGUGCAUGCUGCUGGAGCGUCUGGCCAAGCGCAACGAAGGACUUGCAGCGGACCACCUACGGUUUUCACUUACCCUCCAAUCACUGACUGAAGCAACCAAGGACACCUAUAUACUGGACAGCAGCGACGUGCCUCUACUCAAUGAUGGCAUCCGGUCCACCGCAAAGCACCUGUCGAACAGCCAGACGCUGUUGGAAGAUGAGGCACGGGCGUGGGAAGACGGGGUAUUAGAGGACCUGAAGCAGCAGCGAGACUGUCUAGUCAGCAUGCGUGAGCUGUUUGACCGACGUGACCGCUAUGCACGGAACAACAUUCCUCAGUUGGAACGGAGGAUUGAAGUCAACGAGCGAAAACUGCAGGAUCUGCGGGCCCGUCCAACGGGGACGGUGAAGCCUGGGGAGAUUGAGCGGGUUGAGGAGUCUAUUUUCAAGGACAAAGAAUCGAUUGUCCAACAACAUGCACGUGGCGUGUUCAUCCGGCAGUGUCUGCGCGAGGAACUGGAGCACUUCCAGAGGAGCCAGUAUCACAUUAGCCGGCUGCACCAGGACUGGAGCCAGGAACGAGUGAAAUACUCGGAGCUGCAAGCGGACAACUGGCGGUCGUUGAGUGACCAGGUGGACGGGAUGCCGGACGGGGUAUGA